ACGUUACUAUCUCCGUUAAAUAUAAAAUUUAUAUAAAAAAAGAAAUAGAAAUAAUUGAAAAUGUUUAUAAUUAAUUUUAAAAAUAUAUUCAGAAAAUAUUUUUUCAUAAUUAUUUCUUUGCUUUAUCCAGUGCAUACCAUAGAAAGCUAUUUAUCGAAUACAUAUCAAAAGGAUAUUAUAAAGGAAUCAUUCUUAGAUACGGCACAACUCAUUAAAAGAUAUAAAUAUCCGGUUGAAACUCAUCAUGUUAUAACAACCGACGGAUACAUACUUGGUGUGCACCGCAUAGUUAACUCGGGAAAGCCACCCGUUUUGCUUAUGCAUGGACUUUUAGAUAGUUCAGCGACAUGGAUAUUAAUGAGACCAGAAACUGCUUUAGGUUAUUAUCUAUAUGACAAGGGUUACGAUGUUUGGAUGGGCAAUGCCCGGGGUAAUCGUUAUUCCAGAAAUCAUACGUUUUUAAAUCCAAACACAGAUUUAUCAUAUUGGCGUUUUAGUUGGCACGAAAUCGGAUUGUACGACCUAUCAGCCAUGAUUGAUUAUGUGCUGGCAAAAACCAAUUUCAAGAAGUUGACAUAUUUCGGACACUCGCAGGGUACUACAGCAUUUUGGGUUUUAUGUUCGUUAAAACCGGAAUACAAUAAUAAAAUUUCUUUUAUGCAUGCCUUGGGCCCGGUCGCUUUCACUGCCAACAUGCGCACAUCUUUACUUGGUGUAGCGCAAACUUUUACAAGAAUUUCAAAGAAUAAAAUCUACGAACUUCUACCUCACAGCUAUUAUCUUUUCAACUUAUGCUUCACUUCCAGGAUGAUGGAAACCGCUUGUCUGGAAAUUGCUCACCAGCUUUUGGGACGUGAUGAACAAAACAUUAAUUAUACCUUUUUCCCAAUCAUAUUGGGACAUAUACCAGCCGGUUGUAAUUUGAAGCAACUUGACCAUUAUCUACAGCUAAUAGAAUCCAAACGAUUCUGUCGUUAUGAUUAUGGUUUUGAGCGAAAUCUGAAAUAUUACGGACAGCCUACACCGCCGGAUUAUCCACUACAGAAUGUUACAGUGCCUGUAGGCUUAUACUAUACCUACAAUGAUGAACUCAGCAGCGAGUUAGAUGUAAAAAACUUGGCAGCCCAUCUACCGAAUGUUAUCGAAGAUAGCUUAUAUCCGUACAAAAAGUGGAAUCACGUGACUAUGUUAUGGGGCACAAAUGCUAGAAAAUUAGCGCACAAAAGAAUGUUGGAAUUAACCAAAGAAUUUAUUAGUAAGUAGGAAAAAUAAAAAAGAAAACGUGGAAAUG